CCCACCAGCGUUUAAAAGGCACAGCCCACGCUUCAGUUCAAGCCUCGAAUUAAUUGUCAUAUAGAUUUGCUUGUUUGGUUGAUACUAUUCCUAUAGAUUGGACUGGUCACUCAGAAAACACCAUCAAUCUAACAUACCGCCCGUAAUGGUGUACCGAGGAGAUAUACGCCCGACGGUCGAAGAGGCCCGGGACAUCCUCUCUAAGACUAUCACAUCUUCAAAACCCCCGAACCUGCUUCCUCUCUGCGUUACGAUACCCGCCGACCUCCUCACCCCGUCCCUCGCAUAUUUGAAGAUUUCGGCCAAAUCAAAGUCAAAGCUUUCCUUCCUCUUUGAAAGCGCCGCCGGUGCAGAAACAGUUGGCAGAUAUUCUUUUGUCGGCGCAGAUCCCAAGAAAGUAUUCAAAACCGGCCCCGGCCAUGGCCCUGAGACCGACCCUCUGCCCCUUCUCGAAGCAGAGCUUGCGCAAUACCGUGUGGCUUCUGUCCCAUCACUCAAUCUGCCUCCCUUAGCUGGUGGCGCAAUUGGAUAUGUCUCUUACGAUUGCGUGCGGUACUUUGAGCCCAAGACGCGGCGAGAUAUGAAGGAUGUCCUGAAAGUUCCUGAGAGUCUCUUCAUGCUCUUCGACACCAUUGUCGCCUUUGACCACUACUUCCAAGUGACCAAGGUCAUUACCUACGUUCCUGUGCCGGAAACCCUCUCCUCUCUGGAUGCCGUCUAUGCCCAAGGCCGCGCUGUUAUUGACGACACCAUCUCAACGCUCAUGAGCUCGCACAUUCCUCUUCCCGAGCAACCUCCGAUUGCCCUUAACCAGGAAUACACUUCGAACAUUGGCCGCGAAGGGUACGAGAACCACGUACACAGACUAAAGAAGCACAUUUGCAAUGGCGACAUUAUUCAGGCUGUCCCCUCACAGCGCUUCUCCCGCCCCACGACACUCCACCCGUUCAACAUCUACCGCCGCCUCCGCACCGUCAAUCCCUCACCUUACCUCUUCUACAUUGAUUGCGAAGACUUCCAGCUCGUCGGCGCCAGCCCUGAGCUCCUCGUGAAAUCCGAAAAGGGCCGUGUUCUGACCCACCCGAUUGCCGGAACAGUCAAGCGCGGCGCAACGCCCGAAGAAGACGAAGCGCUGGCGGACGAACUGCGCAGCUCGCUCAAAGACCGCGCCGAACACGUCAUGCUCGUGGAUCUUGCGCGUAACGACAUUAACCGCAUCUGCGACCCGCUAACGACCCGCGUCGACCGCCUCAUGACUGUCGAAAAGUUUUCCCAUGUCCAGCACCUUGUCUCCCAGGUCUCUGGCGUCCUGCGGCCCGAUCAGACGCGGUUCGAUGCCUUCCGCUCCAUUUUCCCCGCCGGCACCGUCAGCGGCGCUCCAAAGGUCAAAGCCAUGGAGUUGAUCGCCGAGCUCGAGGGCGAGAAGCGCGGCGUGUACGCCGGUGCCGUUGGCUAUUUCGGCUAUGGCGGAGUCAAGGUCGACGGCGACCACGUCUCAGAGAUUGAAGGCGCUAUGGAUACAUGUAUUGCUUUGCGAACAAUGAUGGUAAAGGACGGUGUAGCCUUUUUGCAAGCCGGAGGCGGCAUUGUCUUCGACUCUGACCCCUACGACGAAUGGAUGGAAACCAUGAACAAGCUCCGCGCAAACAUGACGUGCAUUUCGUCCGCAGAGGAGCGGUACUUGUCCAUACAGAGUCUAGGCGACGCAGCCGUUGAUGGAAUCAGUAGUAGUACCGAUAGUCAAAAGCCUAGAGCGCAUGUCGAUUUUGCUGCUUAAUUAUAUCCAUUUUUUCCUUUUCCUUCUUCCUUUCCCUUUUUUUCUUUCCUCUUCUGUUUCCUUUUUCCUAAGAUGUUAGCUUCUCCAUCUCCUUCCUUUUUUUUUCUCUCUCUUUUUCCCCCACCUCC